AUGAGUGCAGCAGUGCAAAAGUGGAGCAGUUUGCGAAGAACGAUUAAUCGACUUUGGGCAGCUGCAAAAAAACAAAGUGAAAGUGAAGAGGUAAUUAGUUCUUUGAGCAAGAAAAUGUUAAGACCAAGGAGAAAACUUGUAGAACUUGAUUUACAUUUGAUUGCAAGCUUAGAUUUGUCAAAAAGAUCUACCAUUAGAAGGUUAGCAUUUGGGAUUAAAUGCAGUAAAAGCACCGCGGGCAGGUGGAUUAAAUCUGGACUGAUCAGGGCUCAUUCUAAUGCGAUAAAACCUAAUCUUACAGCUCCAAACAAGUUGCUUAGGCUACGAUUUUCCUUAGAAGCUCUAGAAUAUGAUAAGAUUCUUAGGAGUUUGACAUUUAAAAGCAUGCACGUCACAAUCCACAUUGAUGAGAAAUGGUUCUACAUCACAAAAACUGCACAAAGGUUCUAUUUGACUCCCAAAGAGAUAGAACCUCACAAGACAUGCAACAACAAGAAGUUCAUCACCAAGGUGAUGUUCAUGUGUGCUAUUGUUCCUGCUAUUAAAGCAAAGUGGCCAGCAAAUGCUAGCAAAAUCAUCUAUAUACAACAAGAUAAUGCUAGGCCUCACAUUCAAGACUCAGAUCCAAAUUUCAGGGCAGUAGCAUCAGCAGAUGACUUUGACAAUCAUUUGGUGCAUCAACCACCAAACUCCCCAGAUACAAACAUCAAUGAUUUGGGGUGGUUUAGGGAAAUACAGAGCCUACAAACUGAAUCAGUUUGUACAAGUGUGGGUGAUCUAGUGAAUGCUGUCAUUAAUUCAUUUUAUGAAUUAAGCCCAAACACUUUGAAUAAAGUGUUUUUAAGCUUGCAAAGCUGUAUGAUUGAAAUUCUAAAAGUUAAAGGGAGAAAUAGCUACAAGAUUCCUCAUUUAGGGAAAGAUGCAUUAAUUAGGCAGGAUAUGCUUCCCUUGAAUCUCCAAGUUCAAAGUGAACUUGUUAGGGAGUGCAUAUCAUACCUAAUUAACAAUGGAGUAUUGUCAAUUAGUGAUACACAAAUGCAACAGUUGGGAGUGAAUGCAUGUCACGACCGCACUUGCUAA